AUGCCGACGCUGUCAGUGCGAGAGGUGAAAAUUCGUGGCGAGCUGCGCUGGGAGCGGAAGCGGGACACAUGGCGUCCUGAGGGAUUCACGGGUCGAUGGCUUUGUGUCGCGGCGGGCGGCGACUGCUUGAUCGACUACGCCAACGGUGCCUGCGAUGCUGAGAGGGAGCUGCCUUUGAACAGCAUCUGCUCUUUGGCGAUGGCCAUGCAACAGUUCAUCGGAGCGACCGGAGCGCCGGAAGCUGGAGUGCACACUCACUCUGUGGCUUUCAGCUCUUUCCUGCUGGCUGCUUGCACGGGUCCAAUCUUUUCCGUGAUUGUCGUGGUGGCCUUGCCCGAGGAUGAGCCUGCGGAGCUCUCCACUGCCGAGCUGCGUCUCAAGGCGGUGGAGAUCCACACAGCACUCAAGUCCAGUGAGUUUGGAGAGCAGCUGGAGAUCCUGGCAGGGGCAACCGGACAAGAGCGCGAAGACAAGGCAACAAGCUACACGCUGUCCUCCUGCUUGGAUGCAAAUGGCAAAGAGUUGGGCACUCCGCUGCCGCCAGAAGUUGCAAGUGCUGCACGAGAGGUCUUUGCAACAGCACUCAGCUGGCGUGCGGCCGAACGGCUCGCCGCCUUUCUAGCGGAACUGCCAGAAAGCGAAAGGCGAGAGGUCCGACGGCUGUGUCUGUUUGACACCCGCCUGGAGACCGUGUGCACGGUGCCGAAUGAGACAUCAUCGGUACCACCAAACACUACAGACACGCUCCUCCUCAAGGCAGGGGAGGAAACUUCAAGGAACCCAAGUGAGUCCGCUGAGUCGACUUCCGUCUGGACGUGGGCUGCCGAGUCACGCGAGAUGGCCGUGCUUUGCACUCGGACCUCUCCUUUCUUUCUCGGCGCCCUACUUUUCAAGCUUCCUGAGAAGAGCCCCGGUGGUCACGCGCCUGGAGAUCCCGAAGGGGAAGGGCUGAUCAGCCGCGUGUCCUUCGACCACCUCGACCACCUGCCAAUAUUCCGAGGCCGCCUUGAGGACUUGGCCCUCAGUUUCUGUGACAAGCUUGGCCUUCCGUCAAAGCCGGAAUGA